AUGGUUUUAUUAAGCAACAAUUUAUUCAUUGACGAAUUAAAAAAAUUGUGUGGAGAAGUAGAAGGAAAAAAAAAAACUUCAAUAUGGAUAACUAUGAAAAAAGUGAAAAGAAGUGAUGUAAAAAAUAUUGGACAUAAAAAAGAUACUAAUGAAAAAAAAAAUAAAAAAAUAAAUAAAGAUGAUAAUAAAUGCAGUAAGAAAUAUAUGUGUUUAAUUAGAGCAACAGAUGGUAAGAAAAAAAAAAUUUCUACACACGUUUAUGAUAAUGUAAUUAAUUUUUCUCAAGAAAUUAAUAAUAUUAUAAAAUUUUAA